GAUUGUCGUUCCUCUCCGUCUCUCUCUGCUUCUUCUCUCUCUGAAGUUGAUCUGUAAUAGAGCGUCACGUUAAUUAAUCAUCUGUGGAGGUUGACGAUCAGAAAUGGACGGAAUGACGUUUCCAUGGAUGAGUCGAGACGUUUGAUGGAGGUUUCUCGUUGGGAAUAAUCAAUGCCUUUCUGAGUCUACAGGAAAUAGCCUUUGGGAUGUUAGAGGAGGAGUGUCAUGCGGUGUGACGGGGGUUCCGGGGCUCAUGCAUCGGAAUGCCACAGGGUUCCACGCCGACACCGCUGCUCCUCUUCCUAUUGGCCACGCUGGGAUACGCUAUGGCUGGCCUCCACCUGUGGCCCUCCGUCCAUGUUGCCCUUAGUAACAGCAGUGUGUUCCUCAACUACGACACCGCAGACCACAACGCUUCCUCCGACAUCCGGAACAUGACCCUAACUCUGGUUGACACGGAAACUAACUCCACCCUGCUCACCAGAACCCUGCCAGCCAACCAAUCAGAGGGGAGAUUAGAAUUCAACUGCUCCUGCUUCCUGUAUGCUGGAACAUUCCGCUUCUGCCUGGAGCAGAUUGACUACGCAACCGCUAAUGCUAACGGUAAUGCUAAUGCUAGCGUAACGGAUAGAGAUUGGAAUGGGGUUGUUACUACUACUGCCACCUGGUGGUGGAGCUCUGAGCUUCAGGUGGAGUGGCCAACCUUUCACAUUGCCGUGGACCGAGCCAGCAACCAGUCAGGAUCCUUCCAGGUGGGGAUCUCGACCAAUGAGCUGUUCAAGUCCUGCUCCUCUGGCCUUGGUUCCGCCCUCUUCCUGGAGGUCAGUUACCUGGAGUUCAACCAGAUUGGUCGAAAUAGCAUCGACAAGGUCCGCGCCCGCACCCGGCACCCAAUCAAAGAGCUGCAUUCUCAGACGGUGGAUCUGUUGUGUGCAUUUCAUUUCACAGAGCGAGACUUCAUCAGGGUGGCGCUGCGCUCCCCUCACACAAACCAGGAUGUCAAGUCUUCUGGCCCUCUCUACCUCUCCAGGAUCUUCUCCUAUAAGCUACUGGUGGACAACAUAAACUCCUACAGGUCAGGCUGUGAGGGAGCGAUAUCUGUGCGCCUGGUGACCCCUCCCUGUGCUCUGAUCAGCGGCAAGGUCCUCUUAUUCCGGGACGGAGGUGUGGGGUCCGAGGGAAAGGGGGGCACAGGGGCGGGGGGAGCAGGUGAAGGGGGUGUAGGGGCAGAGGGCCCGCCCCCCUCCGUUCCACUGGCGUUUAAUUGGCUGACACAGGGGGAGAACGAGACAGAAUUCAACUGUUCGGUGUUUGACCCAGGAAGGAAUAAAUACUGCUUCAGAUUUGUGCUCAACUUCAGCCGCUCCCCGAGUCCAGCACAGACCUGCCUGGUGGUAAACAGGAACGCAGAGUCAUGGGGUGUGUGGCAGGCGUGGAGCGUGUGCAGUGUGAGCUGUGGAGAGGGGGUGAGGGAGAGAGUGCGAGAGUGUCUGCUGCCCUCCGGUGGUGGAAGUAUGCAGUGCACCGGCAUGGUCAAGGAACAGUCUCUCUGCUCACUAGAAGACUGUACAGUCCUUCCCGCUCCCUCUCCAUCCCUCCCGCCUCCUCCAGCCUCCUCCUUACUCGGUGGUAACCUGGUAGUCGUGGCCGGUAUAUCCCUGUGUCUGGCGGUCAUCCUAGCGACCAUCCUGGUCACCCUGUGGCGUAAACUCUGCCGGACACCCCAGUGUAGCUCGGUCCGCCGCGGAUCGAUGCACUCACCUGGGGGACGUAAACUCUCUGACGAGGCCUCCAUCUGUGGGAACAGCCUCCAGAGACCCAGCCUCUCCGACAGCCAGGGGAACCACGGGGGCACAGGGCCAGGGCUAGCCCAGAACGAAAGGCCUAACCUGGGGUGCAAACCUCUGCCUCAACCCCCUCCUCUGGUUAUUCCCCUGGUUCAGGACCCAGAUAGACUGUCUCCAUCGGGACAGAAGGUGCUACCGCCAAUCUUUGGGUACCGUCUGGCCCAGCAGCAGUUAAAAGAGAUGAAGAAGAGAGGUUUAAAGGAAGCCACCCAGGUCUAUCAUGUCUCACAGAGCCCUGUCCAGGACACUCUUCUGGAGGACUCGCCCACCUCCACUCCUACCCAGCCAGGGUUAACCCUCCCUGGGCUCAGCCCCAACCCCAGCCCCCUGGACCUCCAGGAAGAUGAUUCUAAUCUGAGCCGCUUUCGUAUCACCGCCCCUUUCCCCGAGCACAGGGUCCCACAGCGCAGCUCGGUUACUCUGCCAGACAGACUGAGCCCCAGGGUGGAGCUCGUCCUGGGGCCUCCCGUGGCCGGAUACAUGAGAGAAGGUAGGGGAGGAGGUGGCGGGAGCUCCCAACGACGAGACGGCACGGCAGACUGGGUGGAGAUGGUGGAGAGGACUGGGUUAGGAGGGAUGGGUGGAGGAGGAGGCGGGAGCUCCCAACAACGAGACCGCACGGCAGACUGGGUGGAGAUGGUGGAGAGGACUGGGUUAGGAGGGAUGGGUGGAGGAGGCAUUCCCUCCAACUCGUACCAGAAAAACCCAAACUGCAGACGGACAUCCAGCUUUCACGACACCAAGCCCCCACCUCCCCCAGCAGCCCCAUGUCGCCCCCACAGGGAGAGGAGUCAGACCCAGGUGGGUCCCCGCACCAGGACCCUCCCCGAGGGCAGCUGUAGGACCCGAGAAACCUUGGAGACCCAGAACCCAGCCUUCCCCCCCUAUCCCAUCCCAGAGCAGAGCACCCCUGACUGGGCCAGGCCCAAUCCGCGACCCCUUUGGCCUGGGGACGACAGGAGAAGACCCUGGGUGGAGACUGGAUGUCCUCCGUUUUCCAGUAACAAACCCAAACACGCUGAAAACAACAACACCUACUUGAUCUCUGACCCUAAACACACAGAGACCAACACUACAACGGCGGCCAUGUUAGGAUCUGAGCUGCUUAGCAACCGUGAACUCACCCUGGAGAGGGAGAGGCGGAGAAUUGGUGAUCGAAGAGAAGGUGGUGAAGAUAGAGGAGAGAGAGGUGGGACUUCAGGUAUAGGUGGACCCGGAUUAGGACCAGGGGUGGGGUCUCGUGGCUGCCCUGCUUACCUCACCCCGGACCGGGCAGAGCGGGCAGAACACAACUGGAACCGUCGAGGCCCUUCCCCGAUUCAGAGAAAUAUCCUGGCCAGGAAGCUGAGAGAAGCUCAGUCUUGCAACACCGCCUCCGACCAGCAGGGGCGCCAUAACCAACAGCAGCAGAGGCAGCGCAGCUCCACAUUUAGCGUGUCUGCCAGUGAACAAAGGAAGGGGAGGUGCAGGUCUCUUCCUCUGUCUGGAGACUCCCCAUAUGGACUGACUGAGGCAGAGCAAUGCAUGCUGGAUCUAGAUAUGACCUCGCUAUACCUGGGAGAGGAUGAGUUCUGACCUGUACACACCUAGAGGGGAGGAGAGGGUUAACGGACACUGAAGAGAGGAAAGAAAAGCAGGGGUUGAGAGGAGGAGCUGUCUUGUUGCCUGGAAGGUGCCCAGAAGAGGAGGAAGAGAGGAGAGGGGGACCUGUCUUGUUGCCUGGAAGGUGCCCAGAAGAGGAGGAGGAGGAGGAAGAGAUGAGAGGAGAACCUGUCUUGUUGCCUGGAAGGUGCCCAGAAGAGGAGGAGGAGGAGGAAGAGAUGAGAGGAGAACCUGUCUUGUUGCCUGGAAGGUGCCCAGAAGAGGAGGAGGAGGAGGAGGAAGAGAGGAGAGGGGGGCCUGUCUUGUUGCCUGGAAGGUGCCCAGAAGAGGAGGAGGAGGAGGAGGAAGAGAGGAGAGGGGGACCUGUCUUGUUGCCUGGAAGGUGCCCAGAAGAAGAAGAAGAGGAAGAGAGGAGAGGAGAGGAGGAAGUUGUAAAGACAUGACUGAGCCUUUAUUUUUUUACUCUUUUACUGAAAACCCUUUGGGUAACGCUUGACACCAGCAUCAUAACACGUUAUGACACAGUUAUAACCAUGUCAUAACAGCUGACAUAACUGAUCAUAAUACUGUCAUCAAAUCAUUAUGACACAGUUAUAACCAUGUCAUAACAGCUGACAUAACUGAUCAUAAUACUGUCAUCAAAUCAUUAUGACACAGUUAUAACCAUGUCAUAACAGCUGACAUAACUGAUCAUAAUACUGUCAUCAAAUCAUUAUGACACAGUUAUAACCAUGUCAUAACAGCUGACAUAACUGAUCAUAAUACUGUCAUCAAAUCAUUAUGACACAGUUAUAACCAUGUCAUAACAGCUGACAUAACUGAUCAUAAUACUGUCAUCAAAUCAUUAUGACACAGUUAUAACCAUGUCAUAACAGCUGACAUAACUUAUCAUAAUGAUCGUAACACUGUCAUCAAAUCACAUUGUAUUUUGUCACAUAGACCUGUACCGUGAAAUGCUUAUUUUACCCUUAGCCAGCAAUGCAGUGUAUAAGAAUAAGAAUAAGAAAUAAGAAAAUAAGAGUUAAGAAAAUAUUUACUAAAUAAAAUUAAAUUAAAUAAACUUCAAGUAUAAAAUAAUAAUACUUUUCUAAAAAGACACAAUAACGAAUAAUAAUAAAUAAUAAAUAAUAAAUAAAAAGUCACAAUAAAUAAUAGCUUUUAUACACGAUAUCGAGUUAAUGUGCGGGGGUACAGGUUAGUCAAGGUACUUUAAAGUACUACUUGAGUCAUUUUUUUAAGGGGGUAUCUGUACUUUCAUUUUAUAUUUUUGACAACUUUUACUUUGACUUUUUUUUUUUAUACCCCAAAAAAGUACUUGUUACAUUUUGAAUGCCUAGCAGGACAGGAAAAUGGUCCAAUUCACACACUUAUCAAGAGAACAUCCCUGGUCAUCCCUACUGCCUCUGAUCUGGUGGACUCACUAAACACAAAUGCAUCUUUCGUAAAUUAUGUCUGAGUGUAGGAGUGUGCCCCCUGGCUAUCUGUAAUGAUGUCUGAGUGUAGGAGUGUGCCCCCUGGCUAUCUGUAAUGAUGUCUGAGUGUAGGAGUGUGCCCCCUGGCUAUCUGUAAUGAUGUCUGAGUGUAGGAGUGUGCCCCCUGGCUAUCUGUAAUGAUGUCUGAGUGUAGGAGUGUGCCCCCUGGCUAUCUGUAAUGAUGUCUGAGUGUAGGAGUGUUCCCCUGGCUAUCUGUAAUGAUGUCUGAGUGUAGGAGUGUGCCCCUGGCUAUCUGUAAUGAUGUCUGAGUAUUGGAGUGUUCCCCUGGCUAUCUGUAAUGAUGUCUGAGUGUAGGAGUGUGCCCCCUGGCUAUCUAUAAUGAUGUCUGAGUAUUGGAGUGUUCCCCUGGCUAUCUGUAAUGAUGUCUGAGUGUAGGAGUGUGCCCCCUGGCUAUCUAUAAUGAUGUCUGAGUAUUGGAGUGUUCCCCUGGCUAUCUGUAAUGAUGUCUGAGUGUAGGAGUGUGCCCCUGGCUAUCUGUAAUGAUGUCUGAGCAUUGGAGUGUUCCCCUGGCUAUCUGUAAUGAUGUCUGAAUGUAGGAGUGUGCCCCUGGCUAUCUGUAAUGAUGUCUGAGUGUUGGAGUGUUCCCCUGGCUAUCUGUAAUGUCUGAGUGUAGGAGUGUUCCCAUGGCUAUCUGUAAUGAUGUCUGAGUGUAGGAGUGUUCCCCCUGGCUAUCUGUAAUGAUGUCUGAGUGUAGGAGUGUGCCCCCUGGCUAUCUGUAAUGAUGUCUGAGUGUAGGAGUGUUCCCCUGGCUAUCUGUAAUGUGAGUGUAGGAGUGUGCCCCUGGCUAUCUGUAAUGAUGUCUGAGUGUAGGAGUGUGCCCCUGGCUAUCUGUAAUGAUGUCCGAGUGUAGGAGUGUGCCCCCUGGCUAUCUGUAAUGAUGUCUGAGUGUAGGAGUGUUCCCCUGGCUAUCUGUAAUGAUGUCUGAGUGUAGGAGUGUGCCCCUGGCUAUCUGUAAUGAUGUCUGAGUGUAGGAGUGUUCCCCUGGCUAUCUGUAAUGAUGUCUGAGUGUAGGAGUGUGCCCCUGGCUAUCUGUAAUGAUGUCUGAGUGUAGGAGUGUUCCCCUGGCUAUCUGUAAUGAUGUCUGAGUGUUGGAGUGUUCCCCUGGCUAUCUGUAAUGUCUGAGUGUAGGAGUGUUCCCCUGGCUAUCUGUAAUGAUGUCUGAGUGUUGGAGUGUUCCCCUGGCUAUCUGUAAUGUCUGAGUGUAGGAGUGUUCCCCUGGCUAUCUGUAAUGAUGUCUGAGUGUAGGAGUGUUCCCCUGGCUAUCUGUAAUGAUGUCUGAGUGUUGGAGUGUUCCCCUGGCUAUCUGUAAUGUCUGAGUGUAGGAGUGUUCCCCUGGAUAUCUGUAAUGAUGUAGGAGUGUUCCCCUGGCUAUCCGUGAUUUUUUUUUUUUAAGACAAGAAAAUGAAGCCGUCUGUUUUCCUUAAUAUAAGGAAUUUGAAAAGAUUUGUACUUUUGCAUACUUAAGUAAAAUUGAGCAAUUACAUUUACUUUCAAGUAUAUUUUACAACCAAAUACUUUUAGACUUUUACUCAAAUAGUAUUUUACUGUGUGACUUUCAAUUUUACUUUAGUAACUUUCUAUUAAGGUAUGUUUGACAAUUGGUUACUUUUUCCAACAAUGUAGGUGAAGUGACAAUAAAAACAAAUAAACAACGAGUAGCAGCAGUGUUAAUGCAAAAAAAGUCUGGGUGGCCAUUUUGAUUAGCUGUUCAGGAGUCUUAUGGCUUUGGGGGUAGAAGCUGUUUAGAAGCCUCUUGGUCCUAGACUUGGCGCUCCGGUACUGCUUGCCGUGCUGUGGCAGAGAGAACGGUCUAUGACUAAGGUGUCUGGAGUCUUUGGUAAUUUUUAAGGCCUUCCUUUGACACCGCCUGGUAUAGAGGUCUUGCAAGGCAGGAAGCUUGGACCCAGUGAUGUACUGGGCCGUACGCACUACUCUCUGUAGUGCCUUGUGGUCGGAGGCCGAGCAGUUGCCAUGAAUAUUUAAUGUGUUUCGACCUGUCCCCGAAUUAAUAUAGUUGGUUCAGAGUUUGUUUUGAUAUUUCAACUUGAGUGUCCUUAUCACUUCUGCUGUGGUUGGUCAAAAUCAACAUGCGUGUGAUGGUGCACACGGUGAUGCAACCAGUCAGGAUGCUCUCAGUGGUGCAGCUGUGGAACCUUUUGAGAAUCUGAGGACCCAAAUGAUAGUUUGUUGGUGAUGUGGACGCCAAGGAACUUGGAAGCUCUCAACCUGCUUCACUACCACCCUGUCGAUGAGAAUGGGGGCGUGUUCGGUCCUCCUUUUCCUGUAGUCCACGAUCAUCUCCUUUGUCUUGAUCAUGUUGAGGGAGAGGUUUUUGUCCUGGUACCACACUGGCCAGGUCUCUGACCUCCUCAUCGUUGUCGGUGAUCAGGCCUACCACCGUUGUGGCGUCAGCAAACUUAAAGAUGGUGUUGGAGUCGUGCUUGGCCAUGCAGUCGUGAGUAAACAGGGAGUACAGGAGGGGACUAAACACGCACCCCUGAGUGGCCUCUAUGUUGAGGAUCAGCAAAGCAAAUAUGUUGUUGCCUACCACCUGGUGGUGGCCUGUCAGGAAGUCCAGGAUCCAGUUGAAGAUGGAGGGGUUUAAUCCCAGGGUCCUUUCCUUAGUGAUGAGCUUUGAGGGCACUAUGGUGUUGAACGCUGAACUGAAGUCAAUGAACAGCAUUCUCACCUAGGUGUUACUUUUGUCCAGGUGGGAAAGGGCAGUGUGGAGUGCAAUAGAGAUUUGCGUUAUCUGUGGAACUGUUUGGGCGGUAUGCAAAGUGGAGUGGGUCUAGGUUUUCUGGGAUGAUGGUGUUGUGAGCCAUGACAAGCCUUUCAAAGCACUUCAUGCUGCGGGUUGCUAGACAUUUAGGCAGGUUGCCUUUGUGUUCUUGGGCACAGGGACUAUGGUGGUCUGCUUUAAACAUGUUGGUAUGGCAGACUCAGUUGGUCAGCGCAUGCUCUGAGUACAUGUCCUGGUAAUCCGUCUGAUCCCGCGGUCUUGUGAAUGUUGACCUGUUUAAAUGUCUUAAUCACAUCACACGAGCCUAUCAAAUGAGCUAAAUUACUUCUAUGCUCGCAUCAAGGCAAGCAACACUGAAGCAUGCAUGAGAGCACCAGCUAUUCCGAACGAGUGUGUGAUCACGCUCUCACAGGAGCCUACCAAAUGAGCUAAAUGACUUCUAUGCGUGCUUCGAGGCAAGCAACAGAGAGCGUGAUCACACACUCGUUCGGAAAAGCUGGUGCUCUCAUGCAUGCUUCAGUGUUGCUUGCCUUGAUGCGAGCAUAGAAGUCAUUUAACUCAUUUGGUAGGCUCGUGUCACUGGGCAGCUCGCGGCUGGGCUUCCAUUUGUCAUCUGGAAUAGUUUGCAAGCCCUGCCACAUCCAACGAGUAUCAGAGCCCGUGUAGUAGGAUUCAAUCUUAGUCCUAUAUUGAUUUUUUUUGCCUGUUUGAUGGUUCGUCGGAGGGCAAAGCGAGAUUUCUUAUAAGCGCCCAGGUUAGAGUCCCGCUCCUUGAAGCAGCCACUCUCUACCCUUUAGCUUAGUGUGGAUGUUGCCUGUAAUCCAUGGCUUCUGGUUGGUGUAUGUACGUACGGUCACUGUGGGGACGACGUCAUCAAUGCAUUUAUUGAUGAAGCCGGUGACUUAUGUGGUUGUACUCCUCAAUACCAUCGGAUGAAUCCCGGUUAUUUUAUGGCUGGUUAUGGUUACCUACUUAAGUGUCAAAACCCACCUUUACUCAAAUUAGUUUUGUUUGAAAGUUUGUUUCUUUAAAAAAUCCUUUCUUGUUGCAAUGAGUAAUGUUUUAUCAUAUUUGAAAUAACUUGCAGAAAAUACAAUUUAUGAUAUUGUGAUGAACCAUUACGACCAUCCUGUGUCACUUUGCUUGGACUGAAAAAAAUACACUUUCUAAAACAG